AUGACUAUCACUCAAGAUGUGUUGGAAGAUGUUGACCAAGAUGAAGCUCAACCUGCACCAACAGAAUUUGAAGCAGGAGGCCAAGCCACCGUGGAUGACCUUCGUGAAAUAAAUCUGGGUGAUGAAGGAGAAAACAAACCAACCUUCAUUAGUGCAAAUUUAAAGGAAGAAGAAGCUCGGCAAUAUAUUUCCUUUUUAAGGGAAUAUCGUGACAUAUUUGCAUGGAACUACAGUGAGAUGCCUGGUCUUAAUCCAGAGAUUGCAGUCCAUAAGCUUGCAACUCACCCUAAGAAACGGCCAGUUAAACAGCCUCAGAGGCGAACUCGACCAGAGCUUACAGCCCAAAUUGAAGCCGAAGUCGACAAGCUUAUCAAUGCAGGAUUCAUCAGGGAAGUCAAAUAUCCACCCUGGCUAGCAAACAUAGUGCCAGUCAAGAAAAAGAAUGGUCAAAUCAGGGUUUGCAUUGAUUUCCGUGAUCUCAAUGGGGCUUGUCCUACAGAUGACUUUCCUUUGCCCAUCAUUGAACUUCUUGUAGAUGCAACUACUGGGUAUGAAACCUUGUCUUUUAUGGAUGGAUACUCAGGAUACAAUCAAAUCCGAAUGGCACCUGAAGAUGAAGAAAUGACUGCAUUCAGGACUCCGAGAGGAGUCUUUUGCUAUAAGGUAAUGUCUUUUGGCCUGAAAAAUGCUGGGGCCACGUAUCAAAGGGCAAUGAGUGUAAUUUUUGGUGAUAUGCUCCAUGACACCAUCGAAUGCUAUGUUGAUGAUCUUGUCGUCAAGACAAAGGAAAAGGAAAAUCAUGUGGAAGAUUUGAGAAAAAUCUUCGAACGUUUGAGGAGGUAUAAACUCAAGAUGAACCCACUAAAAUGUGCAUUUGGAGUUUCAUCAGGAAAAUUUCUUGGGCUUGUGGUUCGAAACAAAGGGAUUGAAAUUGACCCUACCAAGAUUAAAGCCAUUGCCGAAAUGCCUCCACGAAAUUUAAGGGAAUUGAAGGGGCUACAAGGGAGAUUGGCCUAUAUCAGAAGAUUUAUUUCUAACUUGGCUGGUCAAUGUUUGCCAUUCUCAAGAUUGAUGAAAAAUGGUGUUCCAUUUGAAUGGGAUCAGCAGUGCCAAAAUGCUUUUAAUAGUAUUAAGGAGUAUCUUUUGAAGCCUCCAGUACUCAUGAGCGCAAUAAAAGGGAAACCACUUUUGUUGUACAUAACAGCCUUGGAUGGUUCGUUAGGGGCACUGUUGGCACAACAUAAUGAGCAUGGGAAAGAAAAUGCCUUGUAUUACUUGAGUCGUACUUUGGUUGGGGCAGAAGUCAAUUACUCUCCUAUCGAAAAGACAUGUCUUGCCUUGGUGUUCGCCUUGCAAAAACUAAAGCACUAUGUCUUGGAACACGAAGUCAAGUUGAUAUCAAGAGCAGACCCCUUGAAAUAUAUACUUUCACGGCCCAUACUUUCAGGGAAAAUUGCAAAGUGGGCUGUAAUUCUCCAACAAUUCGCAAUUGAAUAUGUUCUCCAAAGAGCUGUAAAAGGGCAGGCUCUAGCAGAUUUUUUGGCAGCACAUCCUAUACCUGAUGACUCACCUCUAGUAACUGAUUUACCAGAUGAAGAGGUUAUGCAAGUAGAAAUUCAGAAAGGAUGGGAGAUGUAUUUUGAUGGAGUUUCAAGGAGUCCAGAUGGCAAGAAGCAAGAAAAUCCUAAAAACAAUAAAGUUGGAAUUGGAAUUGUGUUUGUGACUCCAGACAAUGCUAUAAUCACCCAUUCUUUCGCCUUAAGUGAAGGAUGCUCCAAUAAUGAGGCAGAAUAUGAAGCUGUAAUUGCUGGAUUAGAAUUGGCAUUACAAAUUCCUAUUGAAGAACUCUCAAUUUAUGGAGAUUCGGAACUGGUGAGAAGAACAAAUGCUCAAGCUGAUUCACUUGCAAGUUUGGCUGCAUCACUCACCCUACCAGAUAGCAAAACAAUUACUUUCACGAUAGGUGAAAGAAGGGUGUUACAACCUUUAAAAGAGGUUUCUGACUUGGUUCCAAUCUUGGUCGUCACCACGAAAGGAGAAAACGAGGAGGAUUGGCGGGAACCAUUCAUAGCUUACCUCCAACAUGGUCGGGUACUUGAAGAUAAAGUAAAAAGAAUUGAAGUGAGACGCAGGGCUACCAAAUUCGUCCUGUGGAAAGAUGGAACGUUAUACAAAAGGUAUUUGGAUGGAAUGUUCAUGCAGUGUAUAGCCAAGGAGCGUAUUCAAGAGGCAAUGGCAGAAAUACAUGCAGGUGUAUGUGGGGCACACCAAAGUGGUCCUAAAUUACAUAUGCAGCUGAAACGGUUGGGAUACUAUUGGCCGACUAUGAUUGCAGAUUGCAUAGAUUAUGCUCGAAGAUGCCAAGUCUGCCAAUUUCAUGGGAACUUUCUCCACCAACCCCCAGAGCCUUUACAUUUUACAACUUGUUCUUGGCCAUUUGCAGCAUGGGGUAUGGACAUUAUUGGUCCUUUUGUACCUCCAUCUUCAGCAAGAUAUCGAUACAUCCUAGCUGCAACUGACUAUUUUUCAGAAUGGGCAGAGGCCGUGGCUUUAAAGGAUAUAAAAAGCACAGUUGUCUCCGAGUACAUCCGAACCCAUAUCAUUUACAGGUUCGGGAUUCCAGAAAGUAUCAUCAUGGAUAAUGGACAGCCAUUCAGGAGUGAUGCUUUGAACAAGUUAUUUGCCAAGUACAAAAUCAAAAACAACCAUUCAUCAAGAUAUCAUGCACCUGCCAAUGGUUUGGCAGAAGUUUUCAACAAGACAUUGUGCAAAAUUCUCAAGAAUAUGGUGGAUAAGAACAAAAAAGCUUGGCAUGAAAAGUUACAAGAAGCUUUGUGGGCUUAUCGGACUUCGCACAGAACUCCUACUCAAGCAACCCCUUAUUCGUUGGUCUUUAGAGGAGAAGCAGUGUUACUACUUGAGGUUCAAAUACCAUCAUUGCGAGUGGCAAUACAACAGUCCUUAACAGAAGAUGAAAGUGCAAGAGUGAGGUUGACUGAGCUCGAGACCCUAGAUGAAAGAAGGUUGUAUGCUCAAUAG